AUGUAUGGAAGCGCGUGGCUAAGACCCAUGGUGCAGAUGAAGCCAUCGCCUUAUGUAUUUUAUGCUGCAGUGCAAUUUUAUGCGGCCGUGGACGGCGCAAGCCGCACACGCCACGAUGAACUUCGCGCCUACCACAUGAAAACAGUCAAACCGCAACCGUAA